AUGGCGUGCCCGGCGGCGGCGCUGCUCCUCCUGCCGCUACUGCUCGGCCUCCUGGCGCCGGCGCCGGCGCGGGCCACCGACCCCUACGCCGCCUUCGACUGGGACGUCUCCUACGUCACCAGAUCCCCGCUCGGCGUCCCGCAAAAGGUAAUCGCAAUCAACAAGGAGUUCCCGGGCCCCGUGGUGAACGUCACCACCAACUACAACGUCGCCGUCAACGUCCUCAACAGCCUCGACGAGCCGCUCCUCAUCACCUGGGACGGCAUCCAGCAGCGGAAGAACUGCUGGCAGGACGGGGUGCUGGGCACCAACUGCCCCAUCCCGCCGGGCUGGAACUGGACCUACAACUUCCAGGUCAAGGACCAGAUCGGCAGCUUCUUCUACUUCCCGCCGCUCUCCAUGCAGCGCGCAGCCGGCGGAUUUGGGGGCAUCACCGUCAACAACCGCGCCGUCAUCUCCGUCCCCUUCGACACCCCCGACGGCGACGUCAGGCUCUUCAUCGGCGACUGGUACAACAAGAACCACACGGACCUGAGGAAGAUGCUCGAUGAUGGGAAGGAGCUCGGGAUGCCCGACGGCGUUCUGAUGAACGGCAAGGGGCCGUAUCGGUACAAUGACUCCCUCGUCCCGGCUGGGAUCGAGUACGAGACUAUCGAUGUUGAGCCAGGCAAAACUUACCGCUUCCGAGUGCACAACGUGGGCGUCUCCACGAGCUUGAACCUGAGGAUCCAGGGACACAACAUGGCCAUGGUCGAGACGGAGGGCUCCUACACGAUGAAGCAGAAUUUCACCAACCUCGACAUCCACGUGGGGCAGUCCUACUCCUUUCUGGUCACCAUGGACCAGAAUGCAAGCAGUGACUACUACAUCGUGGCCAGCGCUCGGUUCGUGAACGAGUCGCUCUGGACCAGGGUUACCGGCGUUGCAAUUCUGCACUACUCGAAUUCAAAGGGCAAGGCGUCUGGUCCGCUCCCUGACCCGCCGAACGAUGAGUACGACAAAUCUUUCUCCAUGAACCAGGCACGGUCAAUCAGGAUGAAUGUGACCACCGGUGCUGCUCGCCCGAAUCCUCAAGGAUCAUUUCACUACGGCGAAAUCAAUGUGACCCAAGUGUACAAGCUGAGGAACAUGCCACCUGUUACCAUCAAUGGCAAAAGGCGGACCACACUGAACGGCAUCUCUUACUCCCCGCCUGCUACUCCAUUGAGGCUUGCGGAUCUCUAUGACAAGAAAGAAGUCUACACACUGGACUUCCCAACCAUGCCGUCUGAUGGACCGCCGGCGAUCGGAUCUUCUGUCAUCAACUCGACGUACAAGAACUUCAUGGAGAUUGUGUUCCAGAACAACGACACGAAGGUUCAGACCUACCACAUCGACGGAUACGCCUUCUGGGUCGUGGGAAUGGACUAUGGUGAGUGGAAGAACGAAAGUCGUUCUACGUACAACAAGUGGGAUGGCGUUUCCCGUUGCACCACUCAGGUGUUCCCCGGAGCAUGGACCGCCGUCCUGUUGUCGCUCGACAGCCCGGGGUUCUGGAACGUGCGCACGGAGAAUCUGGACACCUGGUACCUCGGCCAGGAGACGUACAUCCGGGUGGUGGAUCCUGACGGAGGCUACAACGUGACGGAGUCGGUGUUGCCGGACAACGCCCUCUUCUGUGGCCUCCUCAGGGAAAAACAAAAGCUCAGAAGCCACACGGGUCAACGUCGAGCUCGGCGUCCCCCGCGCUAA